CCACAGCAGGAGAUGAUCCGAUACUUCUCCGCACAUGCACCUCCCCGAUGGACGCCUCCAUUCCGUCGAGGCCUGGCAACGCUCGGUGCUCCCGGGGGCGCGUGACGACCGGCCGCUGCUAUUAUCAAGAUGCACAAAGCCCCGUUCCGUCGCGCUUUUUGUCCAAAAUCUCCCGCGAUCCUUGCCUUAUCGGGUCCUCCAUCGCCUUCCGCCGUUCCCUCCUCGACCAACUCGGUAGGUCUCCGGUCGCGAAGCCUAUCAGGCGCCCUAGACUGUCUUUCCUGGAACUACGUCGCCGCGAUCGAGCCGUGUGAUAGCAUUGUCACCGGAACCGCUUCUGUCCUGCAUGACUGCGUCAGCAUGACCCUUCCUUGACCUUCGGGCCCGCUGAGAGAAGGAUAUUUUCAACAAUUUCCAUCCCCCGAUAGCGACAGUACUGGUGGCGACGU